AUGGACGACAACGAGUUCGAAUUUCCGCCGGAUCAGCUUGACGAUGUCGUCGCGAGCCGGCUUUCCCCUUACCAAACGGCAAUCCCAAGCCCACUUCGGACGCCGUUUGCGUAUCCCGCCGCUAACGUGCCGCUUAGCAUGUUGGCACAGAUUCCACUCGAACACCUGCCGCCGACGCAGCCCAAGAACCCGCAGAACUUCUCCAUUGGGCAGGUGCUGAGGGGCGCGCUCUCCACGUCACACAUGCGCGUUCCGCCAGGAGGCAGCCGUAUGCCUCGUCCCAUCGCUAGCGUGGCGCCACUUCCCCACUCGCAGCGUCUGCACCAGCAGAGCCCGAUGCACUCGCCGUACCUCUCAGCGGGCCACCCACCGCUGCCCUCGGCCUCGUCAGACGAAGAGGAGCGGGGUGGUGGUGCGGAAGGCGCGUAUCAGUUCGGCGAGGGAGGUGGUGAGGAGGCGCACGGUGGCAGCGCGCUGGGCUUGACGGAGCUUCAAAUGCGCGCGCGCCGCUUCCCUAACCGGCAGGCGCGCAUCGACUGGAGCGAGGGGGAGGUGCGCAGCUUCUACCAGGCGCUCUCCCAGUACGGCACGGACUUCAGCGCCAUCGCCGUACUCUUCCCCGGUCGCACCCGCAGAGACAUCAAGCGGCUGUACCAGCGGGAGAUGCGGCAGAAGCCCAAGGAGGUGCAAACAGCUCUCAAUCAGAAACAUCCGAUAGACAUGGCCGCCUUUGAGGUGCGCUACGAAGCGAAAAAGAAGGAGGCACAGCAGCCGGUGAAGAUGAAAAAGCUGAACUCCGAGGAGUUGGCCUUCCUGGACGAAAUUGCCGGCAGGCAGCCGUCGGAGAGCGCCAUGCACGUGAAGGGUGAGGAUCUCGAGGUGCCGGUGCCGGCGGCGACGCUCGGGGAUGUGGAAGAGGCGACUGCCGCGCCGCCGUCUCGGCCGCGCAAGCGCCGACGCGACACGCAUCAGGUGGACUCCGAGGACGGACUGGAGUCGAAACGAGCAACAAAAGAAAUCCCCCCUGCGGCUGACAACGACUUUGACAUGGAGCAGGAGUCGCUCUUCGACAUGGCCAUGCGACACGAGCGCGAGGACAACGCGCCACUGGACAUGUUGUUUGCGGUACACCUAGAACAGGGGCAGCAGCAGCAUCAGGCAGCCCUGGAAGACUCGGACUUCUCUUUUGAGUGA